ACCAAGACUUGAGAAUGACUAGUUUAUAUGCUUGUGACUGGUGAGAGUGCUUGCCAGUUGCAAAACUCUGCUUCAUUCUUGAAUGUUCGCAGCCGCUUCGCUUUAAGAUUGAGCCGAAAGUUGUGUCAGAUAUGGCCUCAAGGACUAUGGUCGGACAGCAACAAAAGCAACAAAUACUAGGCCUGCUUGACAAAGAAGUGACAACCAUUGUUCUUGUUGGUGGUCCAGGGGUAGGGAAAACAGAGAUGGCUAGGCUGAUCAGAGAUGAUAUCAACAAGGAGUCGUGUUAUGGUACUCUUUGGAUAUCUAUGAAUAAAUAUGAUGACAAUUCCUUUUAUAGAAAUAUUGCAUGUCAGCUGUCUGUGCGUUCCAGUACUGAGUAUGAAGAUGAUGCCAGAACUGACGAGACAAGACCAGAGAAGGAGAAUGUGAAAGCACAGAUACAAGCAAAGCUUACUCAAAUGAGUUCUGAAAAGCGUGCAAUGCAGUACGCAAAGCUUAAUGAAAUGCAGAACGCAAAGCUUAAUGAAAUGCAGAACGCAAAGCUUAAUGAAGUGCGUUCUGUAAAGCUCAAUUCCAAGGUAUUUCUUCUCACUAUUCUGGAUGAUGUUCGCAGCAAGAAGGAUGAAGUGAGAGUUUUGUCAAUGUUAAAAGCCCUGUUGCCUAGGGAACCAGAAAGUUCACUAAAAGUUAUAAUCACUAGAACAGACAGAUUGAGCAGCAAGGGGAUGGCAAAAGAUACCGAGAAUGAGGUUUCAUCCGAGCAAAAGGAGGAGACAGAGAUAAGGGAAGAGAAACCCUCAUUGGAGGGAGAGGGAGAGAUGGAUGAAGGGGAAGUAUUCGAGAUUAAACCCCUGUCUAAGGAUGAGUCAUGGGCUUUAUUUGCUGAUGUUGUUUGCAACUUGGACGAUUUUAAAGCAAGCAUUGAGAAUAUUGCCCAAAACUGUGGGGGUCUACCACCUGCCAUAAUCAAACUGGUAGCAGCAGCCUUAAAGCAGUCCGGAGCACAUAAUUCGUGGGAUUUGAAGAAAAGUGCUCUACAAGCACUCAAGGAAGCAGAAACAUACGAGGAAGUAGAUCAAUGCAUAAGGCGACUAGUGCAAUAUGGGAUUGACAUGUUGCACGGUAGUGAUAUGUCCUUGUCCCCAGGAAAAGAUGCAAAAAAUAUGGUUUUGGUCAACUGCUAUUGGCAUAGCUGGGAAUUCUUUAACAAACAUGGUUCAAUUCAUCACAGUGAAUUGAUCUUGAGCUGGAUAUUGGAAGGAUAUUUUGAUUCUGAUAAAAAUGUUAAGGAGGCAUAUGAAGAGGGGCAUCACAUUAUGAUGAGGCUUUUAGAUCUGGGCUUGCUGAAAAUGCAAGAAGAUGGUCUUGUUAUCAUUGAAAAACUGGCCCAUACGGUUUGUGAUACUCGCCGUGUUGGAUAUGAACAGACAUCACGUCUAGGAUUGGCUAGAGUGCUUGGGAAUGGCAAUUGGCAAGGUUUUGGGAUAAUUACUCCUGCAGAAGAGAUGAUAAAGACGCCGUCCAGUUCUGGAAGACAGAAUAAGGUUUCUACUCUUCUCAUUGAUGGAAGUCGUCUCUGUAGGCAAGACCCCGGUACAUUCUUCCAGCCAAUGAAGGGACUCCACCAUCUUGCCAUUUUCAAUCCCAGGUUCAAGUCAUUACCUUUGUCAGUGCCUAAAAUGGACAAGCUUCAGAUGCUGGUCCUCCGAGGUUGUGAUCAGUUGCAGGAAAUUGAUGGGAUCCAAAACCUAAAAUCAUUGACAGUUCUGGAGAUAUCUGGUGCUAGCUUCUUGAAAGAAAUCCCAUGUGUUGUUUUCGAGCAAAUGACUAAUCUUCAAAGUCUUAGGUUGCGUGCAGUUCCCAUCGAAUCACUACCUUCCUCUCUUUCUAACCUGACUAAACUGCGUUGGCUCGUCCUUAGGGAGUGCUCUUCUCUUAAAGAACUGCCAAAACUAAAAGCACUUGAAAAUCUUGAGGUGCUGGAUCUUUCUGGUGCUUCCUCUUUGCAAACAAUUAAGGACAAAAUUUUCUCACCGUUGCUGAAACUUCAGUCGAUUGAUUUCUCCCGUACCCAGAUUAAAAGAUUGCCAAUCCUUCGCGACCUUAAAUAUCUCACUCAACUGUUUUUGCGCACCUCUCAGUUAACUAGACUUCCCAUCCUUGCGUCCUUAUCCGCUCUCCGAUGUAUUGACCUUUCAAAUUCUAAGGAGUUUAAAGAACUCAAAGAGAACUUUUCAGAGAACAUGGACAGCCUCAAAAUCCUUAAUUUAUCAAAUACUGGAAUCGUGGGUUUGCCUUCCAAUUUUGGGAACCUUCCAAAUCUUGAAUUGCUUGAUCUUUCUAAUACCUCUAAGUUGGCUGAAAUCCCAGAUAAUACCUUCGAAAAAAUGGGAUCCCUCCGUCAGCUCUUUCUGAGUCGCUGCUCAUUAAGAAAAUUGCCAAAAAUGGAAGGACUUAAAAGACUUGAGGUGCUCGAUCUUUCAGAUUGCAGUGGUUUAAGAGUAAUGGAAGAUUGUUCUUCCCAAUCUUCUGAAGAACCUUCAGUGGAGUCUUUGAAAGAGACGGAAGCGGAAUUCUUGAAGCAUAUGAAUCACAUUCAAGUUCUGAACCUAUCAGGAACACGAAUUGUAGUUCCUCCCAUUUCCAACCUUGCGAACCUCUCCAACCUCACUCAUCUUUUGCUUCAAGGUUGUUCUCUCUCAGAAUCAGAGCCAAAUUGUGGAAAUUUUACAAAGCUGGAGGUUCUGGAUCUUUCAAAGACAGGCAUUAGUUCUCUGCCAUCAGCUAACAAUCUUGUAAGCCUCCGUGAGCUGAAGUUAAGAGAUAAUCCUAGUUUAAAGCAGCUGCAGCAUCUGGAAUCAUUGAAAGAUUUGGAGGUUCUUGAUUUGUGGGGGACUGGAAUCCAAGAAUUUCCUUAUGAGAUCUCAAAAUUGCCUCUUUUAAAGCACCUUGAUCUGCCCAAGGGUAUUCAAGAAAUUAAAUGGAAAGACAUAAAGUCCUUACCAGAGGAUCUAAACUCGGAUGAAUGCGGUAUCUUUGAGCACAGUGAAAACAGGACUUGCAGGUUGUUUAGGGGAGACCCAAUUUUUAAAGAGUUGAAGAGACAGCCUGAGUACUGUGCGACAUGCGACGAUGGAUUUCCCGUAAAAGUUCUCUCUUUUAAAGAGCAAGACAGAGCUGGAGAUAUCUAUUGGCAGAGAGUUGAACCCUUCUUCAGAAAAAUUUACUUCAAGACUAUUUCUCUUCCUCCCAAGGAUGGUGGCCAAUAUCUCGAAAUCCUUGGAUUUCAUAGUUUUCCUGCUGGUGUGGAGGAUGCACUCAUGAAAGCUGAAUAUGUUUCUUUGAUUGAAAAUAAAUUCAUCACAUGCUUGUCAGAUUCAGGUGUGGGCACUGUGAAGGCAAUGAAAGGUUGUUGGCUGGAGAGGUGCACAGAAGUGAAGACUAUAUUUUGUGGUGAAGCAGCAGAAGCCGGAAUGAGGGGAAAUCUAGAGAUUCUUUGGGCAUCCUACCUCCCGAAAUUGGAGAGUCUCUGCAGUGAGAAAAUGCAAAGUGAAGGCUUUACAAAUCUUGUGGAAAUAUAUCUAGAUUGUUGCCCAAAGCUUAAAUAUGUUUUCCGCUCUUCCCAGCUUCCGGACAAGCUUAAGAUCCUACAAAUCAAAUUCUGUGAUGGAUUGGAAACACUGUUUGACAGCCCCUUAGAAGGGCAUCAACUGCAGAAUUUAGAGAAACUGCAUCUGGUGGAAUUGCCGGAGUUGACUAGUAUCGGGUUGCCAAUGUCAAGGAAUAAUAUUAAGGAGAUAUUUCCGUCUCUGGGGGAAGAAAUCAAAGUCAAGGAAUGUCCAAAACUGGAGAGGUUAGAAGUAGAAGAAAUUCGUAAGGUUGGUGGAACUGUAGAAAAUAUGGAGGAAAUUGAUGUUUGAUGUGUUAGUGGCUGAAGCGGGCGAAAUGCUGAAAGUUAGAAGAGCAGGCUGCUGCUGGAUUUGCGAAGGUCUCUAACGAGCGUUAUCACGUCCAUUUUUGAAAGAAACGUGUAUGUUAUAUCGUGUUCUGGCUUUCCUCUGUGUGUCUGUUUUUGAACUGUUCGAGUUCAUUUUCUUAUCCUUUCUUGAUUUGUUUGCAUGUGUUAUCUGUCGUAGACUCGAUUAUCUUCUACUUCGUACUAUGAUUAGAAUUAUAACGUUGUAUGUUGGCUGAUUUGUUCAA